AUGGGACUUCUCUCCCGAUCCCAGAUUUUCACCGUAAAUUCGGCGCCCACCUUCGUGCGAUGCGCAAAAACCCCGUGGAAAUCGAUCUACAUCACCGGCAUUAUGGCCUUCCUUACAAUCACCCAGUUCGCAAUGUUCUUCAGCUCCAUGUGGCCGUAUUUGCAGACGGUAAGCGGAGCGACAUUUUUGCUUCUUAUUUAGAAAAUUGACCUUACAUUUUCAAUGUUUUUGUAUUCUUUUCUUGAUUUCUGAAGCUUACAAGAGUCCCAAGUGGGACGCUCAGAUUUUCUUCAAUUUUUUCAUACACGGCUCGUAUACAGGGGGGCCUGAUCCAGUGGCAAAAACCCUACCAUUUUGCGCACAGAAAGUAUCAAAAAAUGUGGCAAAAUACCUCCCUCUCCAAGUGAAAAAACUCCGAUUUCAAAAGCGCGCCGGCUUAUUUUGUAAUGUAAUGGGCGCGGCGCCCUUCAAACCGAAGUUUUUUUCACUUGGAGACGGAAGCAUUUUGCCACAUUUUUGACACUUCCCGGAUGCAAAAUGGCACGUUUUUUGUCACUGGAUCAGAUCCCUCACUGUAUCAAUUCCUGAAAGUUUUAGCCCGCGUUUUACAGGAGCAGCCAGGAUAUUCAACGAUAUUUGGGGCCCAGAGAGUACGCAGAGGGCGGAGAGCGGUCAAAGAAAAAUUUUUUUGGACCGUAUCUUUGCCAGUUUUACAAGGGAAAAAUUGAUUUUUCGUGGAAACAUUACUCUCUGCGGUAGAAAUAACUACGAAACUUUUCAUGCCAAAAUUGGCAAAAAACUGUCAUUUUUUCGCCAACUUUCCAUCUAAAAAUCUCGGGGUUUCCUUGCAAAAAUAUGAGCUAGGAGCCUUUUACAGACGUCAGAAAAAUAUUAUUCUAAACUUGUGCCAAAUAUCAUCAAAAUCUGGGCAUUGCCCUUGAAGCAUUUCCCAUGCUGACAUUUUAAUAAAAAUUGUUUUCAGUUGGACCCCGAGAUCACCGAGCCCUUCUACGGUUACAUCGUCGGCGCCUACAGUAUCGGAAGUAUCGUAACUUCGCAACUAUUCAGCCGAUGGAGUAGUAAGACAAGGACAGUUCGAGGGCCUCUAAUCGCGUGCAUGACAUGCAUGGCGGUGGGGAAUAUCAUCUACUUCUUGGUUCCCAUGGCUUCGGUUCCGCUGAGAAAGUGGAUGAUGCUGAUUGGACGGCUGAUCCUCGGAGCUGGCGACAGUAGGUUGAAAAUUGAAUUUGGAAUAUGAUUUAUGAUACUACAUAGAAUUCUCUGCUUUUUAAAAAGAACUUUUGAGGGCAAAGAGAUGUGUAAAGGAUCGGUUUUUUGCAAAAAAAAAAUCCAAUUUUUACAAGGAAAGUACUUUUAUGGGGGCUCCUACUUUUUGACGGGACAUAUCUCAAAAAAUCAGAAAAAAUGUGCUGAUCAAGGAUGUAUAAAUCCUAGCUGCCCAUUUUAGGUUUUUAGGGGUGAAAACUCAAUCGGAAGUUGACUUAAAGUCCUAUAUAAACCCCUUUUCGCUUAAUUUUUCACAGGUUUACAAUUUUUAUUUUGGCUUAAAAUGAUGUUUAUUGAAUUUCUAAGGCAUAAUAAAUCAGUCUUGGCACAAAAAUUUAUUUUUCCAACCUUCAUCUUCAAAAAAAGUUGAUUCAGCCCAAAAGGGAAAUCGAACCCAUGCGGCGUUCCCCCUCUUGAUUCCCAAACUACGGCACUAGCCACUCGGCCACAUCGCUCUCUUCCGAAGGAAGAGACGGACUGCGCUUUUUAUCGUUUUGAAUGCCUGCGCCUUUUGUAGGGAAAUUAAAGUACGUGUCUCACCAAGCCAGAGAAUGUUUUUCCCUCCAACAGCUAAGUUUUUCGCGGCGGGACGCGCGCCCAAUGGGCGUGCCACUGAAAAUAAAAAUAUUUUUCCAAAUAAAAUUGAUGUUGAACUGUAAAACUGAUGUUUGAAUGGAGUUUCCACCAGGUAAGCAAGAUUUUAUACCUAUUUGAGCUUGAAAAUACUAUAAUUGUUCUUAGUUGUCCAAUUUUUUCUUAGUUUUCGCAAUAUUACGUUAUUUUGCGGACAGAUCAAGAUUGGCAACGGAGAAUUUCAGUUUUUCUUGGAUAUAAUUUCAGGAAUACACGCAAAAUGGGCCAUCCCAACACCGGAAUCUCCUCCAAUGCCAUGAAUAUCACGAACUCCUUCUCCAAAGGUGAUUUUUGAACGCAUUGGUAUGUUGUUUUAGUUUAUUAUUCCAUUUUUAUUUAGAUUUUAGGUAAAUCUCUUCGUAUUUAUCGAUGCUGAAGCCUCACGUCUCGUCCGGUACAACAAUCGCCCCACCUUCUCUUCUGGCGAGAUUCGGAGAAUUGAUCAUGAACGAUGGUUCAACGCUCCCACUUCAGCCAUUACUGAUCCCAUACGGCCCUCUUUAGGGCCACAUAUUACGCUUAUAUUAUUUUACUUUUAUAAAUAACUAUUUUUGUUCGACUUUAUCGUAUUUAUGGUGGUUUACAUUUUGUUUUAUAGACAGUUUCAGGUCUAAACCUUCAUAAAAACCCUUCCUUCAGAAAGGAUUUACAUGCUCUGAAAAUCUUGUAUUGCAAUCUACAAAAAAAUCUUUAUUUACAUCCAAAGGUUCAAUAUCAGAGAAAUGUGGCCCUAAAGAGGGCCGUAUGGGAUCAGUAAUGGGUGAAGUGGGAGCGUUGAACCAUCGUUCAUGAUCAAUUCUCCGGGUAGAAUCACGGAACGAAAUCCGGAUUUCGCCCGAAGAGAAGGUAGGGCGAUUGUUGUACCGGACGAGGCGUGAGGCUUCAGCAUCGAUAAAUACGAAGAGAUUUACCUAAAAUCUAAAUAAAUAAUGGAAUAAUAAACUAAAACAACAUACCAAAAAAUCACCUUUGGAGAAUGAGUUCGUGAUGUUCAUGGCAUUGGAGGAGAUUCCGGUGUUGGGAUGGCCCAUUUUGCGUGUAUUCCUGAAAUUAUAUCCAAAAAAACUGAAAUUCUCCGUUGGCAAUCUUGAUCUGUCCGCAAAAUAACGUAAUAUUGCGAAAACUAAGAAAAAAUUGGACAACUAAGAACAAUUAUAGUAUUUUCAAGCUCAAAUAGGUAUAAAAUCUUACUUACCUGGUGGAAACUCCAUUCAAACAUCACUUUUACAGUUCAACAUCAAUUUUAUUAGGUUGAUUCAAAAGUUUUUCCACAUGUCUUUAAAAAAUUUAAAAAAAUUUAGACCAAAGCCAGUGGGCCUGAUAUAUAUCUUGUUAGAAAGAGGGCUGUUUGUAGAUUAUAGCAGAUUAAUAACUUUUUACAACUUAGCAAUUUGUAGUAGUAGCGCCGUGUUAAACCUUAACUACUCGAAGGAAGAAAAAGUAAACCGCCGGCGUUACGUCUAGAGUGGCUGUAUCUUCUUAAUAUUCUAGAAUAUGGUAUGCCUGUAUGUAAUCUCUAUGGCAUCGAGGACAAUUUGCUAUAGGGCUAGUCGAAAAAUUUUUGCUGCGAAAAAUCAAAAAUUAGGGUCUGGCAAAAGUAGACCCUGUAGACGCAGCUAUUAGAAGCACUAAGUGAUAACGCUUUCUGUUAUUGUAGUGUAUGAGUAGCACUACAACGCCAAUGCUAAACAUUCGCGCUAGCUUUAGCUAUGCGGCAGAAAAAUCGAAUCUUUUUAAUCUACCAAUAUUUUACGUAAUUUAGGGGAUUUUUACAAAAACGUUUUCUGUUCAUUACUCUCGCCCGGUAUCCUAGUUAUUUAAUAAAUAAUGGAUCCUACUUGACAUACACUAUCAGUUGCUAGACGCGUUAAGCUGAAGGUCCUCUUGAAAUACCAUUAAAAAAAUUACAAAAAUUCGCCUAAAAGUGCAGUUUAUGCUACUUUUCUACCUUAUAAGGCAAUUUCAGUUGGUGACUUUUUGAAUGUAUCAUCAGCAUACUGUCUUUGUACAAUCUGAAUGGCAGCCGAGUCAAAAAAAUCUAACUCCUUUCAAAAAAUUUUUAAAAAUCUGCUUUUGAUCGGUAGCUCGGCUCUCCGGCCAACUUUAUGGGAUGCUACAAAAAACGUCAGUGUAGAUAUAAGUAGAGCAAUAAAUUCAGAAGAAACUACAGCCAUCCCCAGUACGAAUAACCCAAAACCCGAGACUUUUUAGUGGGCUGGAAAAUUGCUAGGGCCCAGGAUAUUCACGAUGACACAAACGGAGAAAUUUUUAGCAUUUUUGAAAUAUUCUGAAAGGAAGCUUGUAGAAAAUAAAACGCCACGAAUCAAAAAAUUUGCAAUGUUCUGCCCCAUACAUCUAUGCUUUCAGUUUUAACGUACAUUCAAUCAGGCUCCAGGAAUUUUAUUUUGAAGUGUCUCAAAAAAAUGUGUAAAAACUUUUGUAUCAACCUAAUAUUUGGAAAAAUAUUUUUAUUUUUAGUGGCACGCCCAUUGGGCGCGCGUCCCGCCGCGAAAAACUUAGCUGUUGGAGGAAAAAACAUUCUCUGGCUUGGUGAGACACGUACUUUAAGCCAGUUUUUGGGCAUUUUCACCCCUAAAAACCUAAAAUGGGCAGCUAAGAUUUAUAUAUCCUUGAUCAGCACAUUUUUUCUGAUUUUUUGAGAUAUGUCCCGUCAAAAAGUAGGAGCCCCCAUAAAAGUACUUUCCUUGUUAAAGUUUUUUGGCGAUAGCAGGUUGAAGGUUCUCAGAAUUGCUUUCACAAUGGCUAUAAAUACCCCUAAAUCUGUGUUUCAAAGUCUUGAAAUCUAUUUUUAUACCGUCCGCAUACUCAUGUCAACUGAUGUUAAAUCUCAUCGUUUUUUCAGACAGUCUGGCCCUUCUUCAAGGCUACGCCUCCACAGCCUCGACGCCCAAAGACCGUCCCAAGGCCGUCGCCGUGAUGACCUGUGGGCUGUCGGUGGGCUUUGCCGUCGCACCCGCCCUCCAAAUCUGUUUCUCGCCAAUCGGCAGAGGAUUUCGAAUCUUUGGCGAGGUCGGAUUGGACAUGUAUUCUGCGCCGGCGGCAGCUGCCUUGGUCUCUUCCAUCUGCGCCAUUCUUCUCAUGAGAUUCGUGUUUGUGGAGGAGUACGCGGGAAUCAGUUCCAAAACCGAGGAAAAGUCGGUCAAUCUCCCACCGCCGGACCGGCUGGCGUUGGCGUUGUGCUGUUUAGGAAGGUACAUCCAGUUCUUUACGUUCGUCAAUUUGGAAGCCAUCGGCGCCGCCUACGUUGAGACGUAUUUCGGGGAGCAACGAGAGGAUGUGGUUGUGUUUAUCUCCGCCUCUCAUAUUGCAUGUGGAUUGAUGUCGAUGAUCCUGUACUUCUCGUACAUCUUCAUGCAUCUGGGAAAGAAGUGAGUGACCUUUUUCGGCCGCUGAGCCAAUGUUGUUUUCAGAGUGAACGCUCGUUUGGUGGUGAUUGGAUCGUUCCUGGCGUUCUGCUUCUUCUACUUGGUCACAUUCCAAUGGCCAUUCAUUGGCGGGAAUAUUAAGACCUACACUGAAGCUGGUAAGGGGAAGUUUUGGGGUUAGAAAUGAGGAUCUGAGCUCGUGGUUUGCCACAGAUUCUUGACAUGUUUUCGCCGGGUGCGGUCAGGAAAAGCGAUCCCGUGAUGAAAAUUGUUUGAUUCCGGGGUGAUUUUUUUUUUUGAUUUUUUCCGGGAAAAACUUGUUUUAGGGGUUUUCGAGGGUACUGAUUUCGAAAAUCGUGUUCAUUUUUUCAAAAAACUUUAACAGGCUCCCUAUCUAGGUUGUGACGUAGGUCAAGGGGGUCGCUCAAAGAACACCGGAAAUAGACUCAAUGUUUGAUUAUGAUGGUCAAGAGUUUUUUAGAUUAAUCAAGUUCAGAAAAAAUGAAGACAAUUUUCGAAAUCAGCACCCUCGAAAACCCCCUAAACCAAGUUUUUCCCGAAAAAAUCAAAAAAUUUUCUCCGCGGAGUCACUUUACCCCAUUUUGGGUCGUCGGAUCGCCGCCGCAAAGCGAUUACGGGCGAUUUUCAGGCGCCACGAAUCCACAUUAUUUUCCCGACAGAAUAAUAUCAGUCUGUCGGGAAAAUAAUGAGCACUCUUUCGCAUCGAAAAUCGCCUCGCCGCCGAGAAAAUGAACUGUGUCGCGGUGAAAAUCAAAUUGCUUUGCACUUCAGCGCUCGGUGUACCGGCAUUGUGCUCAUUAUUUUCCCGACAGACUGAUAGUCAAAUGCUUUCAGAAUUCCGCGGAUUCCUCAACGGCACCUCCGAAGAGGAGCCGUUGGGCUGUAAUAUCGACCGCUACAGUUGGUGCGAGCCGAUGGCGCCCUCAAGUAAAUGGCUGUAUUUCGUGGCAUUCGCGUUUUGCAUCGGCCUUGGUUGGCCGAACAUUAACGUCUGUCUGUUGACCAUCUAUUCGACGGUGAUUGGGCCAAGACAUCAGGCCUAUUACCAAGGGAUCCUGCAGAUUUGCGCCAGUGCCGCGAGACUGACCGGCCCGAUUUUUAUGAGGUAAUUUGUAGCUCCGAAUACUAGUUAUUAUCAAAUUUUCAGCGCUCUCUUCCGUUCGGCCGGACCUCGCUACGUGUGGGGCGUGGAGAUUGUGGCGCUGUCGAUCUACUCAAUACUAUUAUCGGUCUUCUACAAACGUCUGGUGCCGCUGGAGACGGCUCAAGAAAGGAAGCGUUCAAAGGCCACAGUUACCGUUGUUGAAGAGCCGUCGGUGUGA